CCGCCUUCUCUGACACUUCUCAUAAAUAUUACUAAGCUUUCAUCUAACGACUCACAGCAGAAAGUCACCUCUGCUUCGGGUUUGAACAAGCAUAAUUUUACCAGUCGUUGUUUAUCAGUUAAGAAGAGCAUUGUUUUUUGUUGGUUUAGACUAUUUGUGUUCCGUGGCUUCUGGACUCGCUUGGUAGACAGUCCGUCUGUUUUGGUGCGCCGCUACGGCAGUUUUCUACCCAACUUUGUGCGCCUUGUUGCGCUCUGCGCACCCGAGGAGUCGUUGCCUCUCGCAUGGUGUAGACGGCUCUUUAUCCGGCUGUCGCGCUGCUGUCCACACAGCCAGGACUUUGUGAAACUCAACGUCCAAUACUUGCAGAUACUCCAAAAUCCAUCUUGAUAGCUGGAAUUUUAUAAUCCUUGGAAAAUAUACAGUUGGCCGACUCAGGAGUCAGGACUUUACAUAAAUCUAUUGGUUUCAGCGAAAACUGUAGAUUUAAUGUUUUGAUAUCGUUCAGCUGAUGCUUUUGCACAGACAGAGGAUUUUGAUUCUGAAAAUAGAAAAUAAACGACAGUGUCCACGAUGAGCAAACCCGCCGGUUCAACAAGUGGGUGUUUGGAUAUUCUGAAUGUUAAAUCAAGUCGUAUCUUGGAUAUCCCGUGUAAAGUGUGUGGGGACCGGAGCUCUGGGAAACACUAUGGCGUGUACGCGUGUGACGGCUGCUCUGGCUUCUUCAAGAGGAGCAUCCGCAGAAACAGGACAUACGUCUGUAAAUCAGGUUCUCAGGGAGGAUGCCCCGUGGACAAAACGCACAGAAACCAAUGCCGAGCGUGCCGUUUGAAAAAGUGUCUUGACGUGAACAUGAAUAAAGACGCCGUUCAGCACGAGAGGGGUCCCAGGACUUCCACCAUACGCAAGCAGGUCGCCCUAUAUUUCCGGGGGCACAAAGAGGUGAACGGUUCAUCGACCCACUUCCCGGGCUCGAGCCUACCGGGGCCGCCGUUUUUCACUACGGUCACGCAAUUGGAGCCACAUAACUUGGAAAUGAGCACCGUAGCCAGCACGCCGGAGAGGCAGGCCAUCGUUGGACUGGCCCAGCCCACCCCAAAGUACCCUCACGAGGUCAGCGGCACGCCCAUGUACCUCUACGAGGUCGCUACGGAGUCCGUGUGUGAGUCAGCUGCGCGCCUGCUCUUCAUGAGCAUCAAGUGGGCCAAGAGCGUUCCCGCCUUCUCCACGCUCCCCUUACCUGACCAGUUGAUCCUGUUGGAGGACGCCUGGAGGGAACUGUUUGUUCUGGGCAUAGCGCAGUGGGCCAUUCCGGUGGACUCCAACACCCUGCUCGCUGUUUCCGGUAUGAACACAGACAACACAGAGUCCCAGCGGUUGAAUAACAUAAUCUCAGAAAUACAAGCCCUGCAGGAGGUCGUUACUCGCUUCAGACAGCUGCGUCUGGACGCAACCGAGUUCGCCUGUUUGAAGUGCAUCGUCACGUUCAAAGCUGCUGUGCCAACGCAUGGCGGGUCAGAGUUGAGGAGUUUUCGCAACGCCAGUGCCAUCGCUGCACUACAGGAUGAGGCACAGCUCACCCUAAACAGUUACAUACACACCAGAUAUCCAACUCAGCCCUGCCGCUUUGGGAAGCUGCUUCUGCUUCUACCAGCUCUGCGGUCAGUCAGCCCGUCCACCAUAGAGGAAGUAUUUUUCAAGAAGACCAUCGGGAAUGUGCCCAUCACAAGGCUCCUGUCUGAUAUGUACAAAUCAAGCGAUAUAUGAGUUUAUUUCCCCUGCUUUUGAGUGUCUGCAAAUGCUCAGACGCAAAUGUUUUAAUGGGUGCAUGGCAAGUUGAACUUUAAGAACGGAGUAAUUUGUAAAUUACAUGCAUAUUGAAGACAGUAAAAAAAGCUUGAUUUUACCAAGUAGAACAAUCAUCUUUGGGUUAGGCUUAAGUUUUGAGGAUGUAAUUUCCCUAAUAGAAUUGCCUAGCCAAUUUAAGUAGGUUACAAUUUCACAAAAUACUGCAAUUUCUGGUUUUUACAAAAUAAGGAUAAUCUUCAAUUGUAAAGACUUUAACAGUGGAAUGAGCUGUCCAUAAUUGAUGAACCUAUAAAAAUGUGGAGAUGCUUUUGAGUGUCUCUAAGACCAAUGAGCUUCACAACAAAUGCCCUUUCAAUCUUUUAUUGCAUCGUUCAAUCUGAGUGAAUGGAAGAAACCAAAAAAGAUUACUCGCAACUCGAGCCACGGUCAAAUGUGAUAUGGGUUGCACUUGACCCAGUGCUGAAACCAAAGGCCGUGGAGCGUCACAACUGCCGAAGAGGAGGCACCACAAGAUGGGACAACACCGACUGUUCUCUACAAGCUCGUGUGAUGAUACCAUACACUCAGAGGAUUGAGAGGAAAGAGCCGAUCAGGGCCCUUUUCAUUUGGAUUUCGCCUAUCGGAUAGGAUUAAAUGUAUAGAAACAUCAUUAAUAGUAUAUGAUUAGUCUGUUCUAUUAAUUAUAUUUCUAUGCAUUUAAUCCUCCCUGAUAGGGGAAAACUAUAUACAGUACCAGUCAAAAGUUGACACACCGACUCAUUCAAGGUUUUUUC